CCUGUUCUGUAGCCCUCGCUUUCGUUUGGUAUUUAGUUUUUGUUUGUUAGCUUAUCCUCUCCCUCCCUCUCUCUCUUCCUCUGAUUUCUCACGUUCUGCUCCUUAGCAGAAGCAGAAGGCUCUCUCUCACCCUCUCUCUUUCUCUUUCUCUCUCUCUCUCUCUCCCCCUUUCUCUCUGUCUGUGGAUCGAUCUGCAGAUCACCUUAUCAACAUCUCAGCCAGAAGGAGGAGGAGGAGGAAGAGGAGCCGGGUGAAUCCGGCCGAUCUGCAAGGGGUUCCCGGCAGGAGGAAGGAAUUAGGGUUUCUUCAGAUCGCCGGAGAUGUCGUCUCUCAGUAGAGAACUCGUGUUCCUUAUAUUGCAGUUCCUAGACGAGGAGAAAUUUAAGGAGACGGUUCACAAAUUAGAGCAAGAGUCGGGGUUUUUCUUCAAUAUGAAGUAUUUCGAGGAUGCCGUUCAUAAUGGCGAAUGGGAAGAGGCAGAGAAGUACCUCUCGGGCUUUACAAAGGUCGACGAUAAUCGCUACUCGAUGAAGAUCUUCUUCGAGAUAAGGAAGCAGAAGUACCUCGAGGCCUUGGAUAGGCAAGAUCGAGGAAAAGCUGUUGAAAUCCUCGUGAAGGAUUUGAAAGUUUUCUCCUCGUUCAACGAAGAAUUGUUCAAGGAGAUAACGCAGCUCUUGACUCUCGACAAUUUCAGAGAGAAUGAGCAGCUUUCGAAAUACGGGGAUACAAAAUCGGCAAGGAACAUAAUGCUUUCUGAGCUCAAGAAGUUGAUUGAAGCCAAUCCCCUGUUCCGAGACAAAUUGCAGUUCCCUUCCCUCAAGGCCUCGCGGUUAAGAACCCUUAUUAACCAGAGUCUUAACUGGCAGCAUCAGCUCUGCAAAAACCCAAGGCCGAAUCCUGACAUAAAGACACUUUUUGUGGAUCAUAGUUGCGGGCAACCAAAUGGUGCACGUGCACCAUCACCUGCAACUAAUUCGCUGAUGGGAGCCAUUCCUAAACCGGGCGGAUUCCCAACAUUGGGUGCUCAUGUACCUUUCCAAGCAGCACCUGGACAUCUUCCACCUUCACUCACAGGCUGGAUGUCAAAUCCUCCUGUUAACCAUGCUGCAGCUUCCAGUGCAUCAAUUGGCCUGGGCGGUCCUGCUAAUGCAGCUGCUUUGCUAAAGCAUCCGAGAACUCCACCAACAAAUAAUCCUUCAGUAGAUUAUCCAUCAGCUGAUUCUGAACAUAUGCUGAAAAGGGCAAGGACAAUGGGACUAUCUGAUGAGGUGAAUCUGCCAGUAAAUAUUUUGCCUGUUACAUAUCCCAGUCAGGCACAUACUCAAAACUUUUAUUCUUCAGAUGAUUUACCCAAGACUGUUGCUCGUAGUCUGAGCCAAGGGUCCUGUGUCAUGAGCAUGGAUUUCCACCCCAUCCAACAGACAGUUCUACUUGUUGGAACAAAUGGUGGUGACAUUGCGGUGUGGGAGGUAGGGUCAAGAGAAAGGCUGGCACAUAGGACUUUUAAGAUUUGGGAGGUAGGAGCAUGCUCCAUGCCUCUACAGGCAGCUCUUGUCAAGGAUCCAGCUAUAUCUGUUACCCGUGUGGUGUGGAGUCCAGAUGGCUCUUUAUUUGGUGUUGCAUAUUCCAAGUAUAUCGUUCACAUAUAUUCAUAUCAUGGGGGUGAUGAUAUUCUACGGAAUCAUUUGGAGAUAGAUGCUCAUGUUGGCAGUGUUAAUGACAUUGCUUUUGCUCACCCUAACAAGCAGUUGAGUAUCAUCACCUGUGGAGAUGACAAGACUAUCAAGGUGUGGGAUGCGGUUACUGGUGCUAAACAAUAUACCUUUGAGGGUCAUGAAGCUCCUGUUUAUUCAGUCUGUCCCCAUCACAAGGACAGUGUCCAGUUUAUAUUCUCCACGGCACUCGAUGGGAAGAUCAAAGCAUGGUUGUAUGAUAACAUGGGUUCUAGAAUUGACUAUGAUGCACCUGGUCACUGGUGUACCACAAUGGCCUACAGUGCUGAUGGGACAAGAUUGUUUUCAUGUGGGACUAGUAAAGAAGGAGAUUCCUACAUUGUUGAAUGGAAUGAAGCUGAAGGAGCAGUAAAGAGGACUUAUCAAGGGUUUCGGAAGCGAUCUAUGGGAGUUGUUCAAUUUGAUACUACAAAAAAUCGAUUUUUGGCUGCUGGGGAUGAGUUCUUGAUUAAAUUUUGGGACAUGGACAAUGUCAACCUCCUAACAACCACUGAUGCAGAUGGAGGACUGCCGGCCAGUCCUCGCAUGAGAUUUAACAAAGAAGGAAUACUUUUAGCUGUGUCAACUGCUGAUAAUGGUUUCAAGAUAUUAGCAAAUGCUGAUGGGCUUCGGCUGCUGCAUACUCUUGAGAGUCGUUCCUUUGAUGCAUCUAGAGUUGUUUCAGAGGCUACAAAGCCAGCCGCAAUUACUUCACUGGGGCCUGUUAAUGCUACUGGAGGAACUAGUAGUGGAAUUGUGGAGCGUUCUGCUCCAGUCGUUGCCACUGCUCCUUUGAAUGGAGAAAAUCGAAACACAGGGGAUAUUAAACCCAGAAUAACUGAUGAAUCGGUGGAUAAGUCAAAAGUUUGGAAGCUCACUGAAAUCGCUGAACCACUACAAUGUUGCUCUCUACGAUUACCCGAUAAUCUGUCAGCUGUGAAGGUUUCCAGAUUGAUUUACACCAACUCAGGGGUUGCAAUUUUAGCACUGGCAUCCAAUGCUGUUCACAAGCUUUGGAAAUGGCAGCGUGGUGAACGAAAUCCAUUUGCAAAGGCGACUGCUAAUGUACCACCUCAGUUAUGGCAACCAUCAAGUGGAAUACUAAUGACUAAUGACACAAGUGACGCAGACCCUGAGGAAGCUGUUUCCUGUUUUGCGCUAUCAAAGAAUGAUUCCUACGUCAUGUCAGCAUCAGGUGGAAAAAUAUCUCUUUUUAAUAUGAUGACAUUUAAGACAAUGGCAACAUUUAUGCCUCCACCACCAGCGGCAACAUUUCUUGCUUUCCAUCCACAAGAUAACAACAUAAUUGCAAUAGGCAUGGAUGAUUCAACUAUUCAGAUCUACAAUGUCCGUGUGGAUGAGGUGAAAAGCAAGCUUAAAGGUCAUCAAAAGAGGAUCACUGGCCUUGCCUUCUCAAAUUCUCUUAAUGUACUUGUAUCAUCUGGCGCUGAUUUUCAGUUGUGUGUAUGGAGCACUGACGGAUGGGAUAAGCUUGCCAGUAAGUUCUUGCAGAUUCCAAGUGGUCGUGUUCCUUCACCCCUUGGUGAGACCCGUGUGCAAUUUCAUCAAGACCAGAAACACUUCCUUGCUGUGCACGAGACACAAAUAGCAAUAUACGAAGCCUCCAAACUGGAGUGCGUCAAACAGUGGGUACCACGAGAAGGUGCUCCAAUCACUCAUGCAACAUAUUCAUGUGAUAGCCAAUUGAUAUAUACUAGCUUUGUGGAUGGAAGUGUGGGUGUUUUCUGUGCAUCUACGUUGAGAUUAAGGUGUCGGAUAUGUCCAACGGCAUACUUGCCUUCUAAUAUAAGCUCAAAUGUGUACCCAUUAGUCAUUGCUGCCCAUCCCUCUGAACCGAAUCAGUUUGCACUAGGACUAACAGAUGGCGGUGUUCAUGUCCUUGAACCGCUAGAAUCUGAAGGAAAAUGGGGUACAAUGCCACCUCCUGACAGUGGCCCUGGAUCGACAAUCACGAGCAGCAUGGUAUCAGGUCCCACAAUCUCUGAGCAGCCAGCAAGGUAAUAGAAGUUAUCCAAGUUUUUCUCGUGGUUGCACCUUGAAGCUGCAGUUGUUUUUCCUAUUUAUUGAGUGAGCCGCAAGCUAUGGCUGUUUCUGGAGAUAUGGCAACCUGCAGCUGUUUGACAGCACAUGACAUACAUCAACCUGGUUGUUACCAAAGCAUGGUUAACAUAGGCAAGGGUAGCUUCAUGGUCUUAACUUUGUUAGUUUUGGAAGUCUUGUCCAGCGCAGUCUGAGAAGAUGAGGCUUGUGCUGGUUAACCAUCCAUGUUCCAUGCAAAGGUGAUGAAAAAUAAGAGGAGAAAAAGAAAGAUUAACGUGUGGAUCUGGAGUGUAUUCCUUGUAACAAUUGUUUUAUUUAAUAUUUAACACAUUCAUCACAACCUUUUUCUUCUC